AUGGAGUCGCAUGAAGACUCCAGACCUGCAAAACGGUUCAAGCACCAGUCCUACAAGGAGACACUAAAAGAAGUCCACUUGCCUUCGGCUUUGAAACAAUCAUAUCUUGAUCAUGAGAUUGAUGAAAAUGAUACACAUUUUCGCGAAUCUCUCCGUCACUGGAGGGAGCUCAACCUGUCGCCCGCCUUCAUUAGCUUCGCAAAUGCGGCAGAAAAGCUCUCUGCAUCUAUGCCGUUGCUGCUGCAUAACUGGCAGGACAUUGUGGAGCUUUGGCUGAAGGCAGUGGAUGCAGCAGAUGAUGAGGCUUUGAAGGCUCUGUUGGACGUCUUUCAAAGGCUGGCACACGACCUUCGGACUACUCUGUCUCCCAAGUAUCCCGCUAUUCUGAGAUGUUUGCUGCAGCUACUUCCCCACUCGCUGUCCGCACCUGCCCUCACGGCUCUGUUGGCAACAUAUUCGGCGGUAUUCAAAUAUGUUCUCAUUCCGUCUGUUCAACCCUUGUUGCUGGAGCAGGCGUGGGAGAUGUUCAGCAAUACACUACCACGAUGCAGCCCGGAGGUGCAACGGGCAACGGCGGAGGUUUGGGGAGCGACGCUUCGGAGACUGAAGACAACAUCUCGGGAUCAAUGUGUUGGCCUGAUUGCAGCCAGCUCUGAGGGUGAUAUUGCAGACGCAUAUGCUUGGAUUCUAGUUUAUGCAUGCAAGUCUGUCUCGCAAACACUACAUACAGCUACUUCGACUCUGUUUUCACCUCUGCUACAGUAUCACAUCGCUGUCGAGGCCCCCAAGAGAUCAUUCACUCUGAUACGGCGUGUCAUGACUGCCCUGAUCCACCACUGUAAGAGUGCAGAACAAUUCGCUCCAGUCGCGGAUCUUCUUGUGGAUCAAUUCCUUCAAGCUGUCAAGUCAGAUGACCAAGAAAGCAUUCGUCGUAUGCUUGAGCUCGUGACAGUAGCUUGCUCAGUCCGCCAAGGAUCGAGGAUGAUGUCUGAACACUUGUCUAUUCUCCUUAGGCAAUUCGAGUCCUUACCGCUAUCCGAUCUCCUCCACAGCGCACUUCUGAAGUUUGCUGCCACGUCUCUGACUGCAGGGGACAUGUCACUCUGGAUGAGACAUGGCCGCAAAGUAGUGGAACGUUCAUGGGAACGACCAGCGCUCGGGAUCGAGCUUUGCGGAGCCUUGUCAGACUUAGCCUGGGGAGGUUGGAAGUUCAUCGCUCUGCAGCACGUCCCAAGAUUGACCCCUCAGCUGCUGAAAAGUCAUCCCAAACAAACCCUGGAACUACUUGUCGCAUUGCAUCAUGAGAAGAGGCUGGAUGACGUUGAUAUUGUCUGGAAACGACGGUUUCAGACAUGGGUGACAGAUACGUUGCAAGGAUGGGAGCAGAAUGAAGAGAAUAUUUUGACCCUCAACGAUGUCCUGGCAUUAUCCAGUCUGCUCCCAUCAAUCGCUCCAUUUCUUGUAGGAGUCAUCGAUACGACGAUCUGCGCCACCGAUCCGCGGAGUGAGUACGAUAGGUCCUACGCAAAUUCUGCCUGGGUUAUGGGAGCAUGUCUUCAGUGCUUAUCUUCGCGGGAGCCUUCAGAAUGGGUUGCCCAAGUUGAUGUCGCGGCCUGGACUGUCAAGCUCGUCAAAAAAUGGUAUUGGUCAAGUUUUGCACUGAGCGGCCUAGUUUCUCUGCUGCGUGCCAGUGGAUCGAAAAGUCAGCUUGUCCCGUUAGAGACGCUUUAUGCAUACCUUCAGGCGUCCCUCCUAUCGCAUUCACAUUCGUUGCGCUUGGGCGCCUUGCGCUUGCUCACGUCACCGCUCGUCAAGUCACCCUCUGGACUUGCUGAGACUCUCAAGAAGUGUCUUCAGGCCGAGGAAGUGUCUAUUGAUCUACAGGGUGUCCGAGAGCGUGUUCUCAGACUAGGAAAGCUACCAUUGGUCGUCAACGAUGGAGACGAUGCUGCUGCGGGCAUCUGUACUCGAUGGCUCAUAGCUCAGUUCAAAGUCAACUUGCGACCACUCUGGUCUCCUGCUGCUGUGGCUAUGUCUACACUGUCUCGCCGGUUUGAUGACGUCGUGUGGCGGCUGGUAUUCCAGGAGUUACAGGCGGCGUCAAGCAGUUCCGACAGUAGUACUGGUCCGACAUGGCUCAAGGAGGAUAUACAGAGUGACGAGGACGAUAUAUGGGAAGAAGAGCGGUCGUGGCGGGAUCCAAGCGCUCACAGAGCACGCCUUGUGCUAAAUAAAUGGGGUCGCAAUGAUGGUGCGAAUCGGACAAUCGUCAAAGCUCAGCUUGUAGAUGAUCGAUUCGAUCCCGCCUCCUACGAAAGUCAACUUGUUUUGGCAUUGGGAGAGUGCGCGGCGCUGGCCGAGAAGCACAAUCGUGAUCUGGUACCCUUUUUCCUGUCAAUCGCUGGACCCGAGGCAUUGUCGAAAAUGCCACGAUACAAACUCACUGCUUGGCUUUCACUUUUGUCCAAAUUCGUCAAUCCAAAGGCAUUACAAUCGACAGAGCGUCUACGUUUCUUAUACACCGCUACCCUGUCACAUCCCGAUCGGUCUCUGCAACGUUUGUCGCUUUCUUGCAUGCUGACAUACAAAUCUCCACAUUUGCUGCCUCAUGAGGACAUGCUCCGUAUGUUAUUGGAUGACACUAGAUGGCGAGAUGACCUUGCCCAGCUGGACAUCAGUGGGAUCGAAUUGGGCGAGCGCCACGAGCUGGUGGAUGUCCUUAUCAGACUGUUGUUCGGCCUAAUGUUGGAGAAGCGCGGGCGAGGGCGCGGCGCACACCGCCGUGCUGCCAUUUUAUCUGCUCUAGCUGGGUGCACGGACCAAGAACUCUACUUGUUGGUGGAUCUCAUGCUGCAGCCUAUCAAGAAGAAUGCGGUCACACUUCAAGCUAAACAGUACAUAAUUCAACCAGUCUCAGAAGAGGUCUCGGAGAAGCAACAGAUCGGUUUUCUGACUCUUCUAGGUGACGUUCUGAGAUACCUGGGAUCGCGACUCGAAUCGCGUUGGCCUGUCCUACUGGAGACCGUUCUGGAGCUACUGUCUCACGCUCAAGCUCGGUUGAGUGCACAGAAGGCGGAUGACGCCGAUGGAGAGGAAAGCGCAGACGCCGAAGAGGAGCCCGAAGGCGAAGAUGGCGGUGAACCCACGAACAGGAGUACUCGCAUCAUCAGGCAGCUGGGGCUGAAGCGGCUCAUGGACUUCUUCCACUGUCCUGUCUCAUUCGAUUUCACACCUUACAUGAAGGAGUCAUUCCGUGCUUUCAUCUCACCACGCCUGCCACUGCUUGAUUCCGAGAAUACCCAAGCACCAUCCGCCCUUCUCGAGCUCCUCUUCACUUGGACCCUCCGGAAGGAGCAUGCGAGAUACCUCGUGGAUUAUGAUAAUCUCACACUUCCCAAGAUCUACGCAUGUCUCGUUGCAAAGAACGUUAAGCCUCCUGUAGUCUCCAAGAUCUUCGACAUCGUCGACCACCUCUUAGCUCUCUCGGCCGAAGAUGCACUGAUAUCAGCGACCGUACUGCGCCCUCACGUCUCUCUGCUACUGACCAACAUGUCUCGUUUGAUAGAGUGCAACAAAGAUGUUGGUACAGUUGCUGAUAUCCUUGGACGGCGACAGAUCACUGUCUUGUCGGAGAUUGCCCCGUACCUGACCAAUGGCGAGCAAGCAAACACAUUGUUAGGAUUAUUUUCCCCACUUCUUCGCAAGACUGCCAAAGUCGUUCCGGAGAAGGUGAAGGUUGACCUGGCGAACAUCUUGUGCAGCCUCUUUCCACUUAUCCCGGAACUGUCGGACUCUAAUUCCGUGCCGUAUACCAAGACUUACACUCUUCUUUCGCGUUUAUUCCAGAGCUUGCGUUCAAGACAAGCUCGUUUGGCCCUUGUCGCGGCCUUUGACUGCCUUGCGCAGGCAAAUCCCUCCAUUCAAUCGCUUGCAGACCUUAUGGCCUCACUGAAUUCAUAUUCCUCGAAACGGAUUGACGAGCCGGACUUCAAUCGCCGGAUGGAGGCCUUCACCCAGCUAAACGAGUCGCUGUAUGCUUCAUUGUCCUCCAAGGACUGGUUGCCUAUCCUGUACAACAUGCUCAAUUUCAUGCAGGAUCCAAUGGAGCUGGCUGUUCGAACCAAUGCCGGGUACAGUCUGAAGCGUUUCAUCGAUAUCGUUGAGCACACGUCGGACCCGGAAUACAAGGCGACUUUUGUAAAGGUUCUUUAUCCUGGCAUAAAGAAUGGCCUGCGUUCCAAGAACGAGAUGGUUCGGGCAGAACUACUUGGCGUUCUCUCUUAUGCUGUAUCAAAUUGUGAUUGCAUCGAAUCUUUCCGAGACAUGCGGGUGUUACUUGCUGGUGGUGACGAGGAGGCUAACUUCUUCAAUAAUAUCCAUCAUGUCCAAGUACAUCGGCGCACGAGGGCGAUCCACCGAUUAGCUGACCACAGCGAUGAAGGACAUCUUCGUAGCAGUACUUUGGCGGAGGUGUUGAUUCCACUUGUGGGGAACUACGUAGUCGUGACCGACACUGUGGACCAUCAUUUGGUCAAUGAAGCAAUCACUGCAACUGGACGAAUGGCGCGGCACCUGAGCUGGGGUGCAUACUUCAGGCUCACGCAGCAAUACUUGAAGUUGGCACGGCAGAAGGAUUCAUCCGAACGAGUGUACGUUCGUGCCCUCGUAGCGAUCCUGGAUAAUUUCCACUUCCCAAUGGACAACAUCGUCGAUGACCUAGAGCGAAUGGGUGCUUUGAAUGGUGAUGACGCUGAAGGUGCCGACGAGGAACUGGCUGGUGAAGGACCUGCAGACUUACCGAAAGUCGCAGACAUCUCACGAAUUGAGGAUGCAGUUAAUAACCGCCUCCUUCCCAGUCUCUUGAACUACCUGGAGAAACGCGAUGAAACUGAGGACAGUCUCAGAAUUCCGAUAUCCAUCGGUAUUGUUCAGGUGGCACGACAUCUCCCUGAAAGCACGCGUGAACCGCAAAUCUCCAAGCUGCUGACAGUCCUUAGCCAAAUCUUCCGCAGCAAAUCUCAGGAGACGCGAGAUCUCUCUCGGGACGCACUUUGUCGCAUCGCUGUCAUCUUGGGACCAUCGUAUCUUCCUAUUAUGUUACGGGAGCUACGGGCUGCGUUACUUCGAGGACCACAUCUUCAUGUACUGGCCUAUGUGGUGCACUCGUUGCUGGUGCAUGUUACUACUGGGGAUCAUGCAACGUUAUUCAACAAGCUCGAUGAUUGUGUCAACGAUGUGGCCCAUGUCUCUGCGGAGGUUGUUUUCGGCGAAUCCGGGAAAGAUCUUCAAUCAGAGGAGUUCAAAACGAAGAUGCGAGAAGUGCGCUCUUCCACCGCCAAAGGCCUGGAUUCCUUUUCUAUCAUGGCCAAAUAUAUCACUCCCUCCAAGAUUAGCAACCUCCUCCUUCCAAUCCGGAAUAUCAUGAAGGAGACGGAGACCCUGAAAGUGAUGCAGCAGGUGGAUGAUCUGCUAAGGCGGAUUACAGGUGGCUUAAACGCUAAUCAACACUUGGUGCCAGUUGAGCUGUUAGUACUUUGUCAUACGUUGAUAAGUCAGAGCUCUCGCUUCCUCAAAGACGCACCUGUCUCCCGGAACUUCCAAGGAAAGAAGCAAAGCGACGCCAUAGUGCAGACGAAGCGACAUCUUGACGUGGAGUCCAACCAUUACGCUAACAACUCGUUCAGGUUCGUCAAUUUUGGGCUGGAGCUUUUCAUUACCGCGCAUCGACGCAGUCGUUUCGACUUCCAAGAUGCCAGCGUCAUUGCUCGCCUAGAACCGAUGGUGGCAACGAUUGGGAACACUCUGUACACCAACCACAUGCAGAUUGUCAUCUCAGGGAUGAGAGCUGCUGCCGCUAUUGCGAAGUGCCCUCUGAAGUCCAUCCAGAAGUCGUUGCCCGUCUUCAUUCACCAGAUGAUUGACAUCAUCAAACAAGCCGGAUCGACUGAAUCAGAGGCAGUUCAGACCGCUUUCAAAUCUCUGGCGACCGUUCUUCGCGAUCAGCCUACGGCUCAAGUGAAGGAGAAGGAUCUGGUCUACCUCUUGGAAUUGCUAUCGCCAGACUUGGAGGAACCCUCGCGGCAGGCGUCGGUCUUCACUAUGUUGCGUGCCAUCGUGUCGCGGAAAUUCAUCGUCCCAGAAAUCUAUGACUUAAUGGACAAAGUGGUAGAAGUGAUGGUGACAAGUCAGUCUCCCCAGGUGCAAGAACUAUGUCGUGGAGUGUUGCUUCAAUUCCUGCUGGAUUAUCCGCAAGGGAAGGGCCGGUUGCGUAACCAAAUGACCCUUCUGGCGAAGAAUUUGACCUACGUAUAUGAAAGUGGCAGGAAAUCGGUCAUGGAGCUCCUCAGCGCCAUGAUAUCCAAGUUCGAGGUUAACCUAGUCCGGGAAUAUUCGGAUCUUCUGUUCGUUUCGUUGGUCAUGGUCAUCGCUAAUGACGACUCUGCUAAAUGCCGAGAAAUGGCAGCUGAACUUAUCAAGAGCCUGUUUUCACGUCUAGCAGAUCGUCAACGCAAUGUGAUCAUGUCUCAUCUCCACUCUUGGGCUGCACAGCACGCUCAACCCCAGCUGGCUCGAGUGUCAUUGCAAAUUUGCGGCAUCCUCAUCGAUCUUGUACAGAAGGAUAUUGUACCCUACGUUCCAACCAUGAUCGAGGAUCUGAAUUGUUCUCUCAGGUACAGCGCCGAGAUGCUGGAGUCUGUGAUGAUGAACUCCGAGGAUGCAGAUAUUGUGGACCAAGACGUUGACUGGCAGACUUCAUACCAUGCCCUACUCGUCUACUCCAAAGUCUUGCGCGUCAGUCCAGAUUUAGUUCCCCAAGCGGACGCAGUGGACUGGCCAGUCGUAGUCACGCAUCUGAUUUUUCCACAUGCAUGGACUCGAACAGUCGCGUGCCGAUUGCUUGGAUCUCUGUUCGCCGCAAAACCAGUAGCAGCGCCGCGCUCAGACUUGCCUGAUGAUUCUCCCUUAUCUGUGACUGGGAUGGAGGAUGUAGCGAAGAAGCUGUGUUUGCAGCUUCGAAGCUCCAACCUUGAUGCCCCUCUUAGUCUGCAGAUAGUCAAGAAUCUGUUCUACAUCGGCAAGUGUUUCUGCGCCAUUGAGUUACCAUCCCGCGCUUCGGAGACGGUAGAAGAGCCCUUGGACCAAGAUGACGACGAGGACGACGGUGGUCAAAUUGAUGAACAUGAGAAGAGACACCCACUUCCUUGGUUAUUCUCGAGACUUUCCUUCCAGGCGAGGCACGCAUAUACGGCGCGCACAAAUAAGGCGUCUAGCUCCGACAACUGGUCACAUCAACCUGCAUCAGUCCUCAAGUGGUUCGCUGCUAUGGUUUCAUUCAUGGAUGCAAGCAAGACAGAGCUCUUCCUCAUGCAUAUUCUCUCCCCCGUGUAUCGUAUCACGGAAGAUGAUACCAUUCGCGACUCGCAGAUGGACGAGCUCAAGGCACUGGCAGUGGAACUUCAGGAACUUGUGCAAAGCAAAGUUGGCACCACCAACUUCUCCAAUAUGUACAACCGCAUCCGACAAGGUGUGCUGAAUGUUCGAAGAGAACGUAGAACCGCGCGGGUGUUGCAGGCAACGACUAACCCUGAAGCUGCUGCGAAGAGAAAAUUCCAGCGGAAUACUAUGAAGAAGGAAAGUCGUAAGCGAAAAAACCAAAUAUUUGCCGAAGGAAAGGGACGAAUCAAGAAGAGGAGAGAGGAGUAA